UUGAGGAAACAAAUCUGUAAUAUAGUUAUGUCGUUUAUACCCGAAUUAUCUGAGCUAAUAACUGAGUUUAUGAACACUAGAUUAUCUAAGAGAUACUGAGACCCAAACCGGAACCAGAACCAGCUGCAGCCCAGAUCAACUUUAGAAGAAAUAUUUGUGUUUAUUAAAGCAACUGAUUGGUCCUACACUGCCACCUAGUGGCUUCAAGUGGAACCAUCCAAAACGGUUUGUCCUCCAGUCCACAGAUGAACCACUGAAUCCUAGAGGGCAACUCAGGACCUGCAGCAGUCUCAGGAACAUUUCCAACCGUCUCCAGUUUUUCCUUCCAGUAAACAUUCUGGGCCAGGAGGAGUUCCAACAUCAAAAACAAAUUCAGGAGAUAAACAUCCAAACAUCAGCAGCUUGAAGAAAACCAGACCAGCUCCAGUCAGGAUGACUUCACCAGAACCAAAACCAGAACCAGAACCAGGUUUGGUGGACCAGGAGAUACUGUCGGGUUGUUGUUUGAAGGUCCAGUAAUGUCCAACCAGCAGGACAGAAUCUGUCUGCUCCCACAGCAUUACUCAGUCACCACCGUGAAUCACUGCUGACCCACUGGGACUGGUUCCGGUUCUGAUUCUGGGUUCCACAGAACAUCUUUGACUUAUUGGGACCACUGGGAAGGUCCAUUUAGACUUCUGGGUUAUCCAGAAACUCUGGCCCUGGGAAUGUCAGGAAACCGUCUGAGUCCAGUUUGACCCUGCAGAACACUCCAGUACCCUGUUCUGGGUCCUGGUUGGUUCUGUUCUGAACCUAAAAAUUUACUGAUAAACACCCACACGUCAGCUAGCAUGCAGGUACACGUCACACCCCGACAACUACAACCCCGAUUUCAAAAUAAAAGCCUCAGGACCUCAUGCUAACGGAUUCCUGCUUUACUGAAAAUGUUCUGCCGGUUCGACUCAUACAACAAAAACUAUUUCUUCAAUAAAACCAGCUUCAGAUGAACUUUAGGUGUUUUUUGCUUCAAGCAAAGCUUAAUAAUCUAUGAUCAAAACACAAAACGGUAUUACGGGAGCUUUUAUUUCGAAAGUAACGUCAUCUUUGGGCGGAAGCAGUUUUCAUGCAGACUCACUUUUCUUCAGCUAAAAAACUCCCAGGAACUUUCUGUCGGGCGGUACCCUCCGGUCCGGUGCCGAACUGUUCGGUUGUAUGUUGUUGGUUCGGUUCGGAGCACGCGACUGUUUCACAAAAAGAGCGCAGAACCGGAACCAGGUACCCAGCCAAGGUCCCAGUGCUCCCAGUGCUCUGCCAUGAGCAUCCACCCACGCCGGAUCCGCCUGAAGCCCUGGCUGCUGGCCCAGGUGAACAGCGGCAGGUAUCCGGGUCUGCAGUGGCUCGGUUCGGAGCAGCGGCUCGGUUCGGAGCAGCGGCUCUUUCAGAUCCCAUGGAAACACGCGACCCGCCACACGCCGAUGUCGGAGGAGGAGAACACCAUCUUUAAGGCGUGGGCCGUGGAGACCGGGAAGUACCAGGAGGGUGUGGACGAACCGGACCCGGCCAAGUGGAAGGCGAACCUGCGCUGCGCGCUCAACAAGAGCCGUGAGUUCCGGCUCAGGUUCGACGGAACCAAGGAGACGCCGCUCCGUCCCUACAAGAUCUACGAGGUCUGCGACGGAACCGGCGCUGCAGACGGAGCCGAGGACGACGAUGAGGAGAUGCCGGACCUCACCGAUCUCUCCAUCAACCCUCGGAUCGAGCCCGCCUCUUUUCCGCCCUUCGGGUCGACCCAGGUGAUCUCGAUGCCGCUGCUGCCCCUGACCUCUGACCUCCAGCCUCGGGGUUCAAUGGCGGACCUGAGUAGCUUCGACCCGGCCGGACUCCAGAACCUGAACCCGCUGUCCUCUACUCUGCCAGAAUCCAUGGAGGCCAGCAGCAUGGAGUCCGUCCAGAACCAGUCGGACCAUCAGAACCAGCAGCCCUGCAAGUACGACCUGCUGAGCAGCGUCCCACUAACAGAUCUGGACCUGAAGUUUUGGUACCGGGGCCGGGCCAUGGGCUCCCUGACAGUUAGCAACCCCCAGGGCUGCCGGGUCUACUACGGCCACCUGGAACCGACGCCGGAGCAGGUGGACCUGUUCGGUCCAGUCAGUCUGCAGCAGGUUCUGUUCCCGGGAACAGUGGAGAUCCAGAACCAGAAGCAGCGAUUCUACACGGACGCUCUGCUGGACGUGAUGGACCGCGGUCUGAUCCUGGAGAUCCAGCAGCAGGACAUCUAUGCCAUCCGCCUCUGUCAGUGCAAGGUAUUUUGGUCUGGCCCGGGAAUGCCAGAACUGGGUCCACCCAACCCCAUGGAGCGGGAGAGGAGGAUCCGGGUGUUCAGCCUGAACGACUUCCUGCAAGGGCUCAUCUCGUUCCAGAAGGGCGAGGCCACCAACCCGCCGCCAUUCGAAGUCUUCUUCUGCUUCGGAGAGGACUGGCCGGACAGGAAGCCCAAAGAGAAGAAGCUCAUCAUGGUCCAGGUGGUUCCGGUGGUGGCCCGGAUCCUGACGGAGAUGUUCUCCGGAGAGCUGGCCUGGUCCACCGACAGCAUCCGGCUGCAGAUCUCCAACCCGGACGUCAAGGACGAGACGGUGGAGCAGUUCAAGGAGCUGCAGCGGCUGCUCCAGAACCAACUGGGUCCAACCGGGCCCUGGGCACCCACCAGCUCUCUAGAGGCCUCUACUGGGUUCUCCAUGGGGACCAGCUGAGACCAGAACCUGGACCAGAAUCCUGGGGUUCAACCUCUGCGACAUCACAAAGUGUUGGGUCGUUGGACCAGAACGGUUUUCUGCUUUGCUGUCUAAAGGUCCAGGCAUUUGGUUCUGAAAACCUCCAAACUCUCAGUCUGGGUUCUACUUGCCUACCCGGUCCCACGUGCUGACCCAGAAGGUUCUGGUUCCUUCCUGAAGGUUUUUAUUUGGACUUUGGCUGCUACAGGUUCUGGUUCUGACGGAAUCCAGACCCGGCUUCUGAACCGGGCCUGUCCACACAGAACCCGCACAUCACAGUUCCAGGUAGUUUGGUACCGGUAGUCGGUUGGUCAGUGCGACCCAAACCAGAGACAGAAACAUGGUUCUGGUUUGUGGGGAAUUCUUUAGCGGUUCAGGAACUCUUCUAGAACCAAAUCAGUUGGACCCAAUUAAACGAUUUCCGUCUGGCAAGUCCGGUACCAGCAUGUGUCCGGGUCAGAAUUGCUGCAGUAUUCUGCUGCUGGUCCAUCACAACCAAAUUUGCAUUUUUGUCAUUGAUUGUUUCAGUUUGCUCUCUGGCGCCGCCCGGAGGACGGACAGGGCCCUGCAGCAGGAACCAGUCUAACCAGAACUCCCAGUCUCAGGUGAGGAUGACCUCACCCUUCAUCAGGUGGGGUCAGGUUACAGAAACACCUGAGCUCAGGUGUUACUGGUUAGACUGGUCCCAGUGUGUCUCCCUUUGUAAAACCACAGAAGAAGAAGCAGAGUGUUUUCAGCUGUUUUAUUGUUUACAGCAAGGCUACAUCACCACUGAUGUCAUGGUGUCAGUCCGCCUCAUUACCCACAGUCCUCUCUGUUUCCAUUCAUGGAAAAACAACUAAAAUAAACCAAAGAUAAAAGGUCAAAGGUGACGCCAAAUCCUCCAGCGUUCCGCCAUGCGGCCCACAGCAUCAUGGGAAAUUUUUUGGCUCUGUUUUUUGGCACGGACAGAAACAUCUUGACCAAAGUCCCAAAAAUAAAUCUCUUAAAAACAGUUGAGCAGGCACGUCCUGAUUAAUCGCCUCCGAGGGUCCAGCAGGAACCGGUCCUGACCCCGCCCACCCAGAACCACCUGCUGCAGGUGAGCUGGGGGGGGUGGGCUCCGUCUGUCUCUCCUCCGUCGGGUCACAGAGUCCCGUUUCACAUUCAAAGUCCCUCCGUCUUCCUCGUCUGCAGUCGCAGCUUUUUGCCGUCACCUCUGAAUGUUGGUCAACUAAAGAUUUAACCUGAGGAAGAGGAGGAGGAAGAGGAGCGGUUCCAGCUCUUCAUCAGUCAUCCCAGGACACUUUCUAUGAAACCACACUGUAAAAACACAAACUAAGUAUUUUGUUCUUGUUUCUACAGCAAAUAUCUUGAGAUAAAGAAUCGUUUGAGCAGGUAACGUCUCCCUUGUUUGUGUUUGGCUGAAAUUAAAUUUUGUUCUGCAAACAAUAAAGAGAUUCUGGUUUAA